UCUCUCUUUUCAUCUUUUGUACUCUGCGUUUCUCUCUGCUUCCCAUCUCUUCCAUCUCGCCGUCGAUGGACGUAAAGCUGUUAAAAUCCGCCUCUCCUGCGGUUUCAACCCCUUGUUUUCUCAAGUCUUCAAGACCAAAUAAACUUUUUGUCAUUCGAACUACGCAAUCCCUUAGCUUUGGGUUUGUUCAAUUAAGUUCUGCAAGGAGAUGUGUUCAGGCUGUCCAAGCUUCUGAGGCUUCUACCGCCGGAUUGGAGAGGAAGAACAGAAUAGAUGAGAGUGAAAGUCUAACCUUGGAUAGCAUAAGACAUUCUUUAAUUCGUCAAGAAGAUAGCAUUAUAUUUAGCCUUUUGGAGAGAGCUCAGUAUUGUUAUAAUGCUGAUACGUAUAAUCAUAAUGUGUUCUUCAUGGAUGGGUUCCAAGGCUCUUUGGUUGAAUUCAUGGUCAGGGAAACUGAAAAGCUUCAUGCACAGGUUGGCAGAUACAAGAGUCCAGAUGAGCAUCCUUUCUUUCCAGCAGACUUACCAGAGCCAAAAUUGCCACCUCUUCAUUAUCCACAGGUUCUGCAUCCCAUUGCCGAUUCUAUCAAUAUAAAUAAGAAGAUCUGGGACAUGUAUUUUAGUGAUCUUCUUCCAAGGUUGGUUAAAAAAGGAGAUGAUGGUAAUUAUGGAUCAACUGCUGUUUGCGACACAAUUUGCCUGCAGGCUCUCUCAAAGCGAAUGCAUUAUGGAAAAUUUGUAGCAGAGGCAAAAUUUCGCGUCUCUCCUGAUGCUUAUGAAGUUGCUAUUAGAAAGCAAGACAGUGCACAGUUGAUGCAUUUGCUGACAUAUGAGACUGUUGAAGCAGCAAUAAAGAAAAGGGUAGAGAUGAAGGCCAAAACAUAUGGGGAGGAAAUAAUUGUCAAUGAAGAGAGAGAUGGGGAUGAUCCCAGAUACAAAAUCACGCCAAGCUUGGUUGCUGAACUAUAUGGACAAUGGAUCAUGCCUUUGACAAAGGAAGUUCAGGUUCAAUACUUGUUGAGAAGGUUAGAUUGAGCGGAGAAUCAUCCUAUUUGGGGACUUUGAUCAUAUCUUGCAGAUGCCAAUCUAUACUUUAUCUAUACUAUAUAUAGUGUGGAUGCAGUGUGUAAUUUUUUUGGACUAAAAGUACCAUCUAUUUCCUUGUCUGAGAAAGAGUAUAAAAGUCAUUUUAUUA